AUGUCAAUAGAAUUGCCUAAAGUGGCGGUACGACUUGGCGUACCUACCAGGAACCUAAGUUACGCCUACGAUCCUGCCAAGUGGGAUAAAGUUGUACAUGCUAUGGUUGCAGAAGGAAUAGUAAGUUAUGUUAGUCUUCUUGAUCUUGGUUCUAAGGACCGACUGCCGGGCCUUGUCAGUCUUACCUUAAUCCAACUCAAAAAUGUCACCAUUGAUGAGUUCCUCAGUUUACUGCCUCCAUUUCUACCAAAAAAAGCCUUGCUGGAUAAGAACAAAACAAGCAAGGUACUCACCUUUACGGGAAUAUCUAGUAGCUCUUUUGAAGCACUGAUAUACAAACUGGUGAACCUGACGACUCAAUUAACCGUGGAACAAUUUGGCAUUCUCUAYAAUCUUACUGCAGACCAAAAGAGAGCAACAGAGAGGAGCACCCUAAUGCAGUUAUCUCAGGCGUGUGGAAUAUCGAUGUCUCUUGUUUUAGACAAGAACAUACCAAGUAUCGUAUGGGACACACUGGGAAACAUCGCCACAAAUGCUCCAUGUUCGACCAUGUUAAAAGUGAAGGGACAACUGAUUUCCUCUUUUAGCUUGACCAACGUACAACAAAUGACUGUUUUACAGAUUUUCCUUGGUAUUUGUAAUCAAUACUGGAAAUCCUGUCGCCUGACCAUGACCUUGGAGCCUUCUGAAUGGGAAUGUUUCGAUAGUGUAACUCUUACACAGGCUGCUACCAUCCUUUCUACAACUGAUGCGACAUUGCAAGGCAAACCAGUUCAUGAUGUGGUGUUGGGGAUGUCUCAAAAGUGUGAAGAAGGCAGUCACAGUCUUACAGCGUAUCGACAGAAGACAUCCAAUACCCUUCAAACSCUGUUCAACSYGACAGCAAGCCRACUGCAAACUUUGYUAGGAAUAACGCCUCAGACGUACGCAGGAUACACUUCAGCUCAGUUGGUAGAGGCAUACUUAAAUGCAUCUUCAAUGGAUCUUGGGAUUCCCUUAAAUAYCAURUUCAAUGAAAGGAGUACCAUUGCCGAACUGAAGCCUACCAUUCAAAAUAUCUUACCAGCAAUUUKGYUGAGCAAAWMMAAAUUUGAUAACGAGACACURAGCSUAUAYCUUACAGCUAAUUCCAUUAGUGAUGAGGUGUUUGGAGGAAACAGUACCCUYGCUGUACUCUUGGCAGCAASUGGGUUYGAYACUAMAACACUAAAGAUAAUCUACCGCCUAACAGACGMACAGSUUGAAGUGCUGUCUUUGUUGAACAUUAAAGAGUUAMAGAGGUAUUGUGGUCUUGAUCUGGCGACGCUCAAACAGCUUACUCYAUAURAURUUACUAUUGCUUUAGUUGGGAUUCAAAACGUGGAGGGAACGUGUAAGUCAACUAGGUUUUUYGUYGCAGCAAAGAGCAAAAACGUAUCAGAUCAUGAAGCAACAUGUWYUGCYCUUUCAAGUACAUCAACCUCUUUGAUGAGAAUAGUUGAACAGUGUUCYGGACUUACUUGGCGCUUYAAUGCAAAGAUGUUUGGAGUAGCSWYGAGWGAUUGGCCACAAAUGGAUGCGCUCAACAAGGMCAACAUKSCAWYUYUKUCAAGYUUGUYGGUCGAUACUSUCCMACACAAUACUCUGGAGAACCUGCUGAUAAAAGCUAAUGAAAUCCAUAGAGCAUCCAGAAGUAGCUAUCAAGUCGUACUCCGAACAUAUUCCACUSAAACUCUCAGKGUCCUCUUGACAACAUUUAGCACAAGUAAAGMUGAAGUCACACAGACGUUGARCAUCACAGAAGCUGCRUUKGAUGCCAUGACUCUUCUGUCACAAGUUGAAAAAGUACAAGAAUUUUUAAAGARGAAGUACACUAUUACCUUCGCCUCGAUURCACCCGUACUAGAMGUCAUUCUCAGUAAUAUCAAAUACUUAGCACCUACUGRAUGGCAAGAAAUGCUUCYCCCCUUAAARCAAGAGAUCGUUGCCAGUGGAAGUUUACAGCUGAGUGUCACCCAAAACAAUUUUAUAACYCWCCUACAAUUAAGCUCUAAUAUUUCAUCUUCCAMWCUGGCUCAGCUAGAGGUGGCAUGGGAUCGUGAGUUUGKCAGGUUACUUAGURGCAAGARKWUUUCAGAAAACCAAAYCAUUGGCGCUAUACAACAGCUUAGGAAUAUUAGCRAAGAGUCGUUAAAURGYAUGACRUUGCUGACCUUCUAUAAGGAACACUUAAGUCUCACAAAARACGAARUAUCUAUCCUCUUUAAAGCAAGUCCACAAGCCCUUGAAGUAUUGAAUGAGUUUUAUUUCCAAGAAAUACCUUGUUCUUGUGGGUUAUCAGAAGCCAGUCUUAAGAGCAAAACACCAUAUCAACUGUUGACAGCAAUGAUUGGUCAAAAUGAUGUGUCAUCUUGUCGUACCAUUACCUUGCUUGUAGCAUUUAGGCUGCUAAACAUCGACCAAGUUACUGCAAAAUUCAAUGUAACAUUCAAUGAGACAACGCCUCUACUUACCAACAUCGAAAUGUUCGUUGAUUUGCCAUUGGAAAAGAUCGCUUGGGGAUUAAAAGUGAAUGGAUCUGAUUGGCCAAUAGUUGCUGCUGUGAGUUUGAACCACUUAGCAAGCGUUACUUCUACCACAGUUCAACAAAUGAGAAAUCUCACGAUGGCUGACGUCACUAACAAAAUUGUAUCGAGUAAAGCACAUUUUACCUCACAGCUCAGUGCCCUCCAUAACACACUAGUUGCACAAGCAUCAAGCAUCUUUGCUUUGACAGCCUCCGAGACGUGUGGUCAAUGCAAUAUUCCUACCAAUGACAUCUUGAAGACUUUCCUUAGUCAUCUUGGUGGUAUAAUAUAUUUAGACCCUCAAAAUCUCUCAUUUGUAGCUGGGUAUGAAUGCAUAAAGCAUGACAAUAUGUUACUUCUUCUGUCCAAGUGGUCUAUGCUUGUUCCUCACAUCAUACCAAGGUCCUUUGCAAAUAUCUCAACACUGCUGGGCAUCACGGAACAACAACUCGCUGACAUCCAUGCCCUACCAAAAAGCGAGAUCAUGAACAUGACUUUGAGGCAAUACAUCGAUAUUACAAAAAGUCGUAUUCAUCCUUUGUUCAAAUGCAGGGAAAGCAUGAAAAAUGACAUUGUGUUAACGAAUACGUGCAAAGCAUCAACAACGAAAGAUCCAGGAGAAUCCGAUAGUUCAAUUCGGAUCUCAAUCAUGGCAACAUCUAUUAUCAUUAAUGUUGUUCUUAUUUUUGUGGUCGUUUAUCUGAUGUAUAGGAAAAAACUGAAAGCUGCAAAAGGAACGAAAGCAAGAUUGUCUUCAGACGUAAUUGAAGAAGAGGAACUUGAAGUUCGCGAGAGUGCUCAUCAAAUUGAAGAAACCUCAUUUGACACAGCACCGAAUACUGAAAACAAAAUUUAUGAAACAAUCAAUGAUAAUAAGAACGUAAGCACAGAUAUCAAACGCCAUCAACGAGCAGAUGAAUCGACUGAAAAUGCAGAGACUUCCUUGGAAUUAUCUGCUGGUGUGAGUCAAAGUCGUUCAGCAAUGCAGCCUCAGCAUUACCAAGAGCUAAAACGACGAACAACCAAUCCCGCAGCUUUGUAUGAGUCUCUUGACCUGAGUAAUAUGGGCAACAACGCUAAUUAUGACAAAGAGUUGAUCAAUGAAUCAAAAACAUAGUGCAGUUUUCGUAUGACUGUGAAAAAUUCAGGGUACGAACACGGCCAUGACACGGCAAAGGAUACGCCAGACAAAUCACAUUGCACGAAAAUUUACUCUCCAUCCAAUCAAAAACCCGGAACACGGCAUAAACACGGCGCAGACACGGUCACGCCAAGGUCACAGCAAUGCCAGACCAAUCACAUUGCGCGUGAAAAAAUCAGCCAAUUAACAUUCUAGAAAUCAUCACGGUCAAGGCACCUCACGCUUACGGCACUGAGCUUUUCCCAGUCAUACGAAAACUGCUGUAUGGCUAGCUAUACUCUAAUACAGCAGAGGCACAAUAUUAGUCACUGACAGGCUUUCCAAAUAUCGGGAGUAAAGUGUGACUUCACUUUCUCUCUGUGUUAUCUUGCGUGCUAUAUUAUAUAUUUGAAGUUCUUACUAAC